AUGUCUUCACCCACCGAAGGAUCACAGAUUAUUGUUAGUAGAAGCAGUAGUAGUGAGAGAGGCGGAAGGGGUGGCGGUGGUAAUGACAAAGAUAAUAAUGCAUUGCCAAUGGAUGCUGUUGUUCCCUCAGAAAAAGCGGAAGUAGCUUCCAAUUCAGGUGGAGGAAGAGAAGGAGUGACGGAUGAAAGAAGUACUGCUAUUACGCCAGCAAAAGCUGAAACGAGUGAAUCAGGUGCUCGAAGGAGGAGCAAUUCAGAAAGUGGAAGAGUUGUUACUUCAACCGCUGUUGCUCCUUCAAGUCCAGGAAAAUCAAAGCUCAUUGUUGACCGGGAAAAGACAUGUCCAUUUUUACUUCGGAUCUUUUGUCAGGAGGGAGGACAUCAUAAGAUUGAAAAGUACACGAAUGACGAACAACCAGUGCAGGAUGAAGUACAAAUAUACACAUGGAAGGAUGCGACACUCAAAGAACUAGCUAACCUAAUUAAAUCAAUAAAACCAGAAGCACAGCGAAUUAACGCACGAAUCUCUUUCAAACUCGUAUACCAGGACCAAUUACGGAAUUGUUACAUGUUCAAAUAUCUAGGACUGGUGAUGAACUCGCGCAGCACCGUCGAAGAAAAUACUAAUCUCGAUGACGCUCGAUUCGUCAUUGGAGAUUUUUUAGACGUAGCCGUGUUUUAUGGUAUCGCGCCACCACCACCACAACGAAGCCUUGAACGACGCUCGAGUAACUUUGGACGGGACUCUUUACGAGAUCGUACUAUUGGUAGUGGGAGAGAUCGAGACCGGGAUCGAGAUUCCGGUGGUAGUAGCAGCAGUAGACUGUUUCGCGGUGCUAUCGGAGGAGGAGGACGCGAUGCCCGAGAACGUAGGGAUCGUGAUAGGGCUGCUGAUCGGGAUAGAAAUGGUGUUAGGAUUGCUGAGAGGGAUCGAGAUCGUGGAGGACGAGAGAGUGGCAGAUCGUCGUUUAGAGAUAGACGGAGAUAA